UUUUGCCCCACUGUAUGUGACAAAAUAAAACCAUUUUGGUAAAAUUCUCAUUGUUUAAAAAAAAUUUAAAUUCAAUGUACAGUAAUUGUAUAAUUUAGUAAAAUUGUAAAAUAUAUUUCUCCUAAGUGUCUCAAAGGGCUCCACAAACCACGAUGACAUCCUCUGAUCUGAACCCACAUCCGGGCAAGGAAAAACUCCAAAAAGCCUUUGCUGGGAAAAGAAGAAACCUUGGAAAGGGGCAACAGAUGCGGGGGGUCUCCUUCCUGGGUGACAGUGCAAUGGAGGCCGAGCUGGUUCAAGUAUUGAAUUGUGACGUGAAGAGAUAUUGUGAGAGUCCAGUUCAUGGAGAAGCCAGCAGAGGGUGGUAGAGGAUCUUGCAAGUAGACAAAUGGAAAACGCAGAGACUUCACCAACUGCUGCAAAUUGUUACAACUUAAGAAGCAGUUACACUACAGGAAAGACGGUGAAGCUUCUCGUCUACGAGCUGCUGCAGUUCACCGCCAUGAGCGGCACCGUGCUCGUGGUCACGGAGAGGUUCGCCUGCCUCAUGAGCGAGGUGAAAGGCCGCGACGAUAUGAUCUACUGGCUGGUGGUGGCCGUCUCCGUCGCCUACCUGACCUCUGCGACCUUGCUGGUGUGGCUCCCCUUCAAGUAUCACAUCUUGAAGAGAAGAAGAGUGACGAAACGAUGGAGGCCAACAUUUUUACUGCACGUCAUCUUGUGCACGUUACCGUGCUUUGCCAUUUUCAUGGCCAGCUCGCAGGUACAAGUCAACUCUAACCUGAGACUCGACCACUUUGCCGAGUUGCCCGUCUCCUUGGUCAUGUUCAGCCUCAUCUGUGUGGACCUGGUGGAGAGGAUACGACCCUGCAGGCUGCUGGGACAAGAAGCAGACAGUCUGGACCUGACCUUUGACCUGGCGGGGCCCAUCCUGACCCACCUGGAACCAGUCAGCUGCGUCUCCGGCCAGCCGCCGUCUGAGGAAGCUCAGCCAAACGACGCCCCAGCGAGCCCAGCGGACCCCAAGAACCAGCCGGUUGCCCCCCGCAGGCUGCAGGGCGUGUCCGGGCGCUCCGUGCCCCUCCGCAGCAAAACGUCCGGCGCCGCUUACUUGUACUCCUCCUCGCCAUCACGCCGCUUCGCCGGCCCUCUGGGCUUCCUGCGGAGAAAAGACGCGAGGUCGGACGUGUUUGUGGAUUGUUUCUUGUUCUGGUUCGAUACCGUGGAGAUGGUGCGGGUUUCGGGCCAGCCGGCGGUCUUCUACUCCCCCUGGGUGUACCCAGUCUUCAUUCUCGCCUUCCUGUCCACGCUGCGCAUGGCCCUGGUCCCUCGCAGUCCCUGGUUGUCCUCGGCCGGCGUGGCCCUGCAGGACCUGCCUUUCUUUGUCCUGCGCGUCGCCCUCAUGGCCGCUUUCGGACUGGUGACGCCCGUGUUGUACCCGCUGAAGAACGCCCUGGUCGGCCUGGCCUUCUUCUACUUCACCUUCCUCACCAAGAUGAAAAUAUUUAAGAGGCGGAGCAUGUUUUGACCAGGAGGAGGAGGACCUGUGAGACAAACUAAGGGUAAAUCUUACAAGUAUUGGCCAUUUUUUUUAGUAUUUAUUUACACACUUUAACCCUGUAAGACUCAAAUAUAGAAAAACCUAAAGAAAAAAUAUUUGACCUUUCAGAUGUUGUUGUAGGAGGCAUUUGAUGCAGAAAUUGAAGAGUUUAAAAAAAAAUGUUUUUAGAGAAAUGUUGUAAAAUUGCAACAUUGGGCUUUGAUGGGAGCAGAAUUUCUGUAUUUGUACUCACGGGUUCAUUUGCAGGGUUGAUUGCUUACUUAGGCCCAUAACGACAUAUACCAUUAAUAAUAAUAACACAUUAGUUAUAUUUUUAUGAAGUCAUUUAUUACAAAUAUAAAAAAUAUGAAACAAGAUAAAACUCUUAAAAACCGCUUUUCCCCCUCUUUUAUAAUUGCAACAAUUAUAUAACAAGCUCUAAAUGAAAUUUGAUGCAUCUGUUCCACAAUAACUACAUAUGUACAUGCUCUAGACCAGUGUUUUUCAACCUUUUUUGAGCCAAGGCACAUUUUUUUCAUAAAAAAAAUACGGCGGCACACCACCAGCAGAAAAGGUUAAACAAUGAAACUCCGCCAGGUUGUCGUGCCUUAUUUUGAGUUUGUUGUUGUUUCCUGUGUGUCGUGCUUUAGUUCCUGUCUUGCGCUGUUAUUUUGGUGUUCUCCUGCAUG